AUGGCCAAGGCCACUUCUGCUGGCUAUAUACAAGAUCUCAGGAGCCAAAGGGAGUACACAAUCCUUCUUAAAAUUGAAUAUGUUUUUGCUCAAGAUGAAAGCAAUUUCUACUUGGGCAAGAGAUGUAUUUACAUGUACAAAGCAAAGGACAACAUCAUGACUAACAAAACCAGAGUGAUCUGAGGAAAAACUCAUGCCUAUGGAAACAGUGGCAAGAUUAUUCAAAUCCACGUCCAUCUUCCUGCUAGGCACACUGGACACAGAAUCUGUGUGAUGCAGCAUCCCUCAAGGAUUUAA